ACUGACGGACAAAAAUAGAUUUAUCUGUUCCUGCCUCCAUAAAUCUCUGCUUCCAGCCACCCAGUCAGCUAGCACCCAACUCUCCCCCUGAGAAAACGGAAAUGUACCAGAACCACACUAAGGACAACAACAACAACUGCAACAGAAGCCGCCUCAGUGAUCACAAGGCGAAGCUUCUCCAGGCUAUUAAAAGAAUCAAGCAUGAGGUAGAUGAAUGCAAAGAAGCAGAAAGAGAGACGUAUAUCGACUCAGUGGCAGUAGAGAACAGGUUUGAUGACCUGGAACGAGAAAUCAGAGCUGAGUUUCAGAACCUUCAUCUCUUCCUGGAGGAAGAGGAGUGUAAGGACUUGGAAAAGCUGAGGAGGGAACGACAGAAACAGCUGAAGCAGCUAAAGGAGAGGGAGAAAAAGAUUGAAGCACAAGGAAAAGACCUGGAGAGAGCGAUCACAGUGCUGAACAGCAAACUGGCCGAGGAGGACAGUCCCAAGCUGCUCAAAGAAAUCCAAGAUCUCAUAAAAAGAUCUCAGGUCAGCUUUGUUCUUCCAGCAGAGGUGGACACAGAGGUUCGCUCUGGUCAGUUUGUGGGCCCCAUUCAGUACAGGAUAUGGAAGCACAUGAAAAGCUGCCUCUACCCAAAUAUUACAUCGGUGACCUUUGACCCUGACACUGCCCACCCUAGCCUGACUCUGUCCCAGUUCUGCACUUCGAUUCGGUUCCAAGAGAAUAAAGACACUUCAGACGUCCAAGCCAACCCACGUCGGUUCCACUAUUAUUACUGCGUGUUGGGCCACCAGUGCUUCACCACCGGUCGACACUACUGGGAGGUGGAGGUGGGAGACAAGACAGCGUGGAGGCUGGGUGUCGCACGAGGAGAUGUUCCCAGAGGUGAGAUGGCUGCUGCUAGCGGCACCUCCCGCGGCCUCUGGACGUUAGCCCUGAAGGACGGCUCCAUCUUGGCCUGCAUUGAUCCAAAACCCACUAAAAUCAACGUGUCCGUCCACCUCGUGCGCGUUGGCAUCUUCUUAGACUGCAACAAGGAGGAGGUGACUUUCUAUAAUGCUGUUACCAUGGCGCCCAUUUACACUUUCUCCAUGGGAACUGUCCUGGUUCCCCUGUUUCCCUUCUUCAACCCCUGUGACACAGAUGAUGGGAAGAACACGGCACCACUUGUAAUCUUUAAUCCGUCACUGUAA